UUUCAAGUGUUCAUCCUCAGCCGCAGCAGACUAAUUUUGAUAGUUGGUGUCUUUUUCUGUCAAGAAAUGGUGUAGAGGAACUUAACAUAUCUUUACACAGUAUUGUGAAGGAAUAUAAGCUGCCAUUUUGUUUACUCUCUUGCAUGACAAUUAAGAAACUGAUAGUCGAAGGUCCCUUUAUUGAUUUGCCUGUAAAUGCUUGUGGUAUAUUUUCCAAUGUCACUUCAUUAGCUUUCUUGAAUGUUGUAUUUAAGCGCAAUGUUAAUGGAAUUGCCUCUAGUAUUAGUAUCCCUAAACUUGAGAAGCUGGCUUUGGAACUUUGUAUUGGGAUCAAUAAAUUUGAGAUCAGCCCUCCAAAGCAGCUUGAAAUCUUGUCUGUUAUUCAUUCUAUUGGAGAUGUGGUUGAGUCCAGAUGGCUGGCACCACAUUUGAAAGCCAUUAAGACUCUUUCGUUGUGUGGCUCUUCGUUGCGGUAUAUGGAUGUAUCUUUGUUUCCAACUGCAAUAAAUCUGCAAGUGAUGAAGCUGUAUGGAUUAAGGUUUGGUUGUGGGAAGCAGCUCACCGUUGCUACGCAAUUGCUUCAAAAAUGCCCCAACCUAUGUGAACUAGGAAUUAUGGUGGUGGAUGAGCAGGGAGCUUGGGGGAGUUGGGAGGAUGACAAAGAAGUUGCCUCAAGGCUUUUGGAGGAUCCAGAUGGUUGCUUUGUUAUUCAGGAAUUCAGGAUGCUUAACACAAUCAAGAUUGAAUCAUUCCGUGAAUCCGCACUCAUAAUGCUUUUUAUGAAAAUGCUGCUCUCGAAAUCCCCUGUGCUAGAGAGAGUUGUUAUUUUGAAGCCUUGGGAUAUGAAUGACUCUGAGGUGAGCAAAAUCCUAAGGAAGUUGGAAUGCUUCCCACGUGCAUCUCCAAAAGCACAAAUUGUCUGCUUUAUACCCAUGGUUUUAGCCUUUUAG